AGGACACACCUUUUCUCUCUCUCUCUCUCUCUCUCUCUCUCUCUCUCUCUCUAAAGAGAUCAACUUCACUUCCAUCUAGAACGGAACUAGGUUUCUGUCGCCAUAAGCACAAAGAUUAAGGAUUAUUCCAAUAGGCAAUGAACAUUUUCAAGAAGAAGACAACCCCCAAAGAUGCUCUCCGCACCAGCAAGAGAGAAAUGGCUGUGGCUACACGAGGUAUUGAGCGCGAGAUUACAUCUCUUCAAAUGGAGGAGAAGAGGCUUGUAGCAGAAAUCAAGAAAACAGCUAAGACUGGAAAUGAGGCUGCCACGAAGAUCUUAGCUCGACAACUUGUUAGGUUGAGGCAACAGAUCACUAAUCUGCAGGGAAGCCGUGCUCAAAUUCGUGGUGUAACCACCCAUACACAGGCGUUGUAUGCAAGCACCUCAAUCUCAUCAGGAAUGAAAGGCGCAACCACAGCUAUGGUUGCGAUGAACAAGCAAAUGGCACCAACGAAACAAGCUAAAGUGAUCAAGGAGUUCCAGAAGCAGUCUGCACAACUUGACAUGACGAUAGAGAUGAUGUCUGAGGCAAUUGAUGAAACACUUGACAAAGAUGAAGCUGAAGAAGAAACUGAAGAUCUCACUAACCAGGUGCUCGAUGAGAUUGGUGUUGGUGUUGCAUCUCAGUUAUCUUCAGCUCCAAAGGGUCGGAUUGCAACAAAGACCGCUGCUCCCACCACAGUCAGCAACAAGAAUGACGAAGGAUCUACUGAAGUGGAUGAUCUAGAGAGGAGAUUGGCUUCACUUCGACGUAUCUGAGAGACAUGAAACUUCCUAUUUUGUAGUUAUCAUCCAUCAUGCAUCAAAAGAAAGCAGCUACUUCCUAUUAUGAGAAAUCUGUAUAAUAUCUAGUGUAGAAACAAGUUUAAAUCAAACAUAUAUUUUAUAUUUAUUAAACAUCA